AAACAUGUUGAAUGUGAAUAUAUUUAUGAGAAAUUUACAGGACUAAAAAAUCCGGAUGAGGGAAAAAACCUAGAAAUCGGCGGCCAUGCCGGGUUUUUAACGGGGUUUAAAAUUAUUGCCUGGCUCAAAUCUGCCGCCACCGGCGGUAUGCCCCCGGAAUCCACCCCGCCAGAGUGCCAUCUCUUACUGGGAAAUUCAUCUUCACGCCAAAUUCUACUCCGGCACCGCAGGUUUCAUAUCUAGAGAGAAAGAUGGUAGAUUCUCAGCCCGAUUCGAAGAUAUUCAGCGUCCGUAUCGUGUCGAUGGACUACUACAUGGCGCCUCCUAUCCCCGGCCUCGACAUUUGUUACAGCAGUUUCCAUGGCGGGAAAGUGAAUGAGGUACCAGUUAUCAGAGUGUACGGGUCGACUCCGGCCGGUCAAAAGACUUGCUUGCACAUUCAUGGAGCUCUGCCUUAUUUUUAUGUUCCAUGCUCAGAUCUCUUCCAUCAAUCAGACCAACACGGUGAAGACUGCACAAAUAGCAUAUCCCAUGCCCUUGAGAAGGCACUGAAGCUUAAAGGCAAUAUGUCCUUAAACCGUCAGCAUGUGCACUGUUGCAGUCUAGUCAGGGCGAAAAAGAUCUAUGGUUAUCAUUCUUCAGAUGAGCUAUUUGUGAAAAUAUAUCUAUACUACCCACAGGAUGUCCCCCGCGCUGCUAGUCUUCUUCGGGAAGGAGCUGUGCUAGAUAAGGUUUUUCAGCCCCAUGAAACACACAUACCAUUUCUUCUCCAAUUCUUGGUUGAUAAUAACUUGUAUGGGAUGGGUCAUCUACACAUAUCAAAGAUGAAAUUUCGUUACCCAGUACCAGAGGCCUUCUCUCCAAGGAAUGCCAAGUACAACGACCUAAAGAAAGAUGCUAUGGAUAUCCCUACCUCUUCUGCAGAUUCUAAGGCAGUUUUAGAUUCUCAUUCAUGUUUGGAUUCACCUAUAUGGAUAUCAUCCACUAUUCCUGAUGGUUGGAUUUGGCUGAACUCUAGUCAAGAUGAUACUUUGACUGAUCAAGUUCUUCCUGCCAUGAAGCGUUCAAGUACUUCUGAACUUGAAGGAGAUGCAGUUACUGAUGCAAUUCUCAAUCUACAGUUUCUAUCAUACACACCCCUUUCACAAACAUGUUCUAAAGUAAAAAUGAUUCAAUCACUAAUGCCAAUAUGGGAGGAGUUUGAAUUUAAUGGGAUGCAUGGGCACGUCAUACCUCCUUAUCAUGGGAAACCACUUCCCAAGGAUGUUUUGAGGAAACUUUCCAAUGGAAUAGGAUUUGAAGACAUUUUUCUGGAUCCUACAAACUCACCCACUGAUGAGACUACAUCAUUUUAGGAUGAUGGAAUUGGGGAAUGGGAAGAGAAGAUGAAUGCAUAUCCCUGCAAAUCAGCUGAACAAUUGGAGAUAUCCGAAAAUGUUGAAUCAUCUUCAGGUGUGAAGGAAUAUUUGUGUUCACUAAAUAUAUAUAUAUAGAGAACAGACCAACAUGACUUUUACUAACCAACACAACUAUUACAAACCAACACACCUAUUAACAAUAGAAACUACCCAUAACUGCCUUUUAGAAACUGCCCUAUUGUUUUUUAUUUAAAUUAAUUAAAUAUGUAAAACACACUAAACGACACCACACUAAUUGACUCUAUACUAACUGACCCAAACAUCGACUCAUUACCCAUUCGGUUAUAUGUGAACAAACCCGAUUAAAUCUAACA